UUUUGCUAUCGCCGUGUUGCCCAAUACCAAACUGCGACGUUUUUUACUUUAUCGCUUUAGGUAUAACUUACUCGGCUUAUUCGCGCUCUCUUGGUUUUGCUAGUCAAGUUAAUAGUAUUCGAUAACUGAAAUCGGGAGCUGCGCGUGCGUACAUCUGUACUUGCUUUACGCAAUACACAGUCGGUAUUUAUAUCAAAACAUUAAUUUUAUCUCUCAACAUAUAAAUCCUGGCUAUACUUCAUACAACAUCGUAUAAGUACGGUAAGGUAAAAGUACUGGUGCUCGAAGCGGUCCCAGUACAUGUUAUCUUGAAAUAGAGUCAAUAGAGGUGACAGCAAGAUGCCAUCUAUUGGGCAUUAGCAUGUCGAACACUAGUACGUUUACCUUACCUACAUUGUUUCUGAAGAUUUCUGGAAAAUUGCUAUAGAUGGAAGAGUUACCUACGCCUCAUAAACAACACGAUUACACCUCAGCAACUCGAUAAUUUUGAUACUAUUAUACAAUGGAAAUCAAAACAAAUCUAUGUGCAUACUAGCCAUCAUUCAUACAUAAUUAUUUACAAAAUAACAAUUAUGCGAACUAGGAUCAUUAUUAUGCUACUGCCCGCACUGGCUUUUGGCAGAAUUAUCGUCAAUAUUAAAGCAGCAGCAAAAAACGAGUCGUCGGUAACCAUUGCUGGGACUGACCGAAACAUCAUCAGCGACAUCGAAAUGAUAAGCUUCGACAUUACUACUUCAAAUCUAAAGGCAGCAGUGCGUGCAUACUCAGGUGGCAGCCCUAAUGAUGUCUUUGUGAAAAGACCUACGCCAUGGGGAAACUUGUACGAAAGGUUCAAUUGGACAGAAGUUACAAGAGUAACAAAUGUUAAAAGAGCAAAGAUUAUUAAUAUCGCAACUGAGGUAGUAACACUAUCUAAAUAUAACUGUAUCAACCAGUCAAACAGUACUGAAAUAGUUUGUGAUGUUAAAGCAGAUGUUAAUAACUAUGUUAGCAACAACUUCACUGGUAAACGAAUGUCUAUAAACGCUGAAUAUAAUAUAGAUUUAGUAUGUUUAAAUCGGAAAUUGAUGUUGCGUUUAGGUGUCAAUAACUUUACCGAAGAUGCUAUGAAUUUGCAAAUUAAAGAAAAAAUCAGUUUAGAACCCACCCAAAGUGCUGUGUACGUAUUAAACGCUACUAAAGUUAAUAUAGACGUGUUAGUGGAUUAUGAGUCAAGUGUUUUUGGAGAUGUGGCUGCUAACUUUUAUCCAAGAUAUAAGGGUCAUCAUUUCUGGGUAUAUAAUGUAAGAGAGCUCAUAAAGACCAUUGGCAGUAUGUCGGCUGUCCAGAAUAAUACUGAUAUAAUCACCAUGGAAUAUUUUAUCAACGCAUUUGCAUACGCAAUUGAUUAAAAUACUGGGAAGAUGAUUAGUGGAAAAAGUCACAUCGUGCCGCCCAGUGUUCAGCAAAUUGACACUUGAUUGAUUGAAAUGACACUUAGAAGUGUCCAGACUCAAGCAACAAAACAGCACGCGUGUACGCAUGUCUACCGUAUCAAAUUUUCCCUCUAUUCCUCAAAGCUGGAAGAGAUCCCUUAAAGGGAUAAGUUCGCCUUUGUACUAAUGACGAAUGUUAUUUUUCCUCUAUUGUUUUGAUUUUGGUACACUAAAGUGUUUUAUUACUAUUACUACUACAAAAAUUUAAGUUUAUCAUUUCCUAAUAGUGAGAAACAAAGAGAUGUUUAACAUCAUCAUUUUGUAUUUGAGUACAAUCUUUCAGAAUUAAGACAACGAAAAUUCUAACCAAACGAAAAAAGGAGCCCAAAUAACAAUGUAUUUUUGUGAUCUUGACAAGUACUUAGGUCUACUCUAGGUCUACCGUUUUUUGUCAUUUACAUACAGUUUCCAUAAAAAAAAUCGUUUCCAUGACGUUUAAAAAUGUAUAGUGGAUAAAACCUUACUUUAUUAGUUACUGAAUCCCUAUUACUAUGCACCGUAUUAAAAAUUACCUACAUAUUUUGAUCAUCAUGAA